AUGGUAUCGGCUGUAUGGAAAAAGCUCUUGAGUGAUGCCUCCAUCCAGAGGUCAUCUCAGACACUGUCCGUCAUCGGCAAGAGUGCCUUCAUUUAUGGCGGAGAGCUGAGGCCCCGAGAGCCUGUCGACUCGGCUGUAUACCGCAUACCGAUGGGCAGUGACGCCUCAGAAAAUGCCAUAAUCAGCAUCGCUGAUGUUCAAAGCUCCCCAUCCCCUCGGGUCGGCGCUGCAUCCGCAACCCUCGACGGAAAAGUCUACAUCUUCUCCGGCCGCGGCGGAACAGCCAUGGCCCCGAUCGAAGAAAAGGGCAGCCUCUGGGUAUUUGACCCAUCAACAUGUAAUGGUAAAUGGUCGCAUGUCAAGCCGGCUGACUCCAAAGCCCCAUAUCCCGCUGGACGGAGCUACCACGCCCUCACGAGCGACGGGAUAGCCACAAUCUUCCUGCAUGCCGGAUGCCCCGAGAAAGGCCGACUCCGCGAUCUCUGGGCCUUCAAUAUAGUCGAACGUACAUGGACCGAACUACCUCAAGCCCCCGGCCCAGAGCGCGGCGGCACAUCAAUCGCGUACUUCGACGGCAAGAUCUACCGCAUGAACGGGUUCGACGGCAAAACGGAGCAGGGCGGUACACUGGACGUGUUUGAUCUUGCGACGAACAAGUGGAGUACAAUUAAAUAUCCGGCAGAUGGAGUGAAUGGCCCCAGUCCACGAAGCGUGAGCACCCUUCUGGCGGUGUUGAUCAACGGCAAGCCAUCGCUCAUCACCUUGUUCGGUGAGCAUGACCCCAGCGCUUUGGGGCAUCAGGGAGCAGGCAAGAUGCUCUCGGACGUCUGGGCUUUCGACAUCGCGGCGCAGAAGUGGACCGAGGUUGCUGUGGAGGGUGAGGCCACGCCAGCCCGUGGAUGGUUCGAUGCCGAUGUGCUGGGCGAGUCUGGGAUUGUUGUUCACGGGGGACUUGCGGAGUCGAAUGAGCGGUUGGGCGAUGUAUGGUUGUUGCAGUUUUAA